GGGCGGCGCAUGCGCGGCGCGACUGGAGCGGCCGGACAGUCCGGCGUCCGGGAACGCUCAGGAGCCGGAGGAGCCGGAAAGCGCCGGGACCCCUCGCGGGGCCUCUGAGCGGCGCGGGCGGACCCGAGCCCCUAGCCCGCCAGCGCCGCUGCCCGCCAGGCCCCGGGGGCGGCGGCCAAGAUGUCCGUGCCGUGCCGCUCUCCUACCCCAUGUCGCUGAAGCAGAUGAGUUGGAGCAGGACUCAGGAGGGUACUGGGCCCAGGUUUUAUUUAGGCUGAACCUAGGAAUGAGGAAUGAGAGGAGGCAGAUCAGCUGGAGGACCAGCCCGAGUCCCCAGAUGUCGGCACAAUGCAGGGGAAGAACGUGCUGGCCAAAGCCCUCUAUGACAAUGUGGCCGAGUCCCCGGAUGAGCUCUCCUUCCGCAAGGGCGACAUCAUGACGGUGCUGGAGCAGGACACGCAGGGCCUGGACGGCUGGUGGCUCUGCUCGCUGCACGGGCGCCAGGGCAUCGUGCCUGGGAACCGCCUCAAGAUCUUGGUGGGCAUGUAUGAUAAGAAGCCAGCAGGGCCUGGCCCCGGCCCUCCCGCCACCCCGGCCCAGCCUCAGCCUGGCCUCCAUGCCCCAGCGCCUCCGGCCACCCAGUACACGCCCAUGCUCCCCAACACCUACCAGCCCCAGCCCGACAGCGUCUACCUGGUGCCCACUCCCAGCAAGGCUCAGCAAGGCCUCUACCAAGUCCCGGGUCCCAGCCCUCAGUUCCAGUCGCCCCCAGCCAAGCAGACAUCCACCUUCUCGAAGCAGACGCCCCAUCACCCGUUUCCUAGCCCGGCCACAGACCUGUACCAGGUGCCCCCAGGGCCUGGAGGCCCUGCCCAGGAUAUUUACCAGGUGCCACCUUCUGCCGGGAUGGGGCAUGACAUCUACCAGGUCCCCCCGUCCAUGGACACACGCAGCUGGGAGGGCACGAAGGCCCCGGCAAAGGUGGUGGUGCCCACCCGCGUGGGGCAGGGCUAUGUAUACGAGGCCGCCCAGCCGGAGCAGGACGAGUACGACAUCCCGCGACACCUGCUGGCCCCAGGGCCACAGGACAUCUAUGAUGUGCCCCCGGUUCGGGGGCUGCUUCCCAGCCAGUAUGGCCAGGAGGUGUAUGACACACCCCCCAUGGCUGUCAAGGGUCCCAAUGGCCGAGACCCAUUGCUGGAGGUGUAUGACGUGCCCCCCAGCGUGGAGAAGGGCCUGCCACCAUCCAACCACCACGCGGUCUACGACGUUCCUCCAUCAGUGAGCAAGGAUGUGCCUGACGGCCCACUGCUGCGUGAGGAGACCUACGACGUGCCCCCCGCCUUCGCCAAGGCCAAGCCCUUUGACCCGGCCCGCACCCCACUGGUCCUGGCUGCGCCCCCUCCAGACUCCCCGCCAGCCGAGGAUGUGUAUGACGUGCCUCCCCCGGCUCCUGACCUCUACGACGUGCCCCCUGGCUUGCGGCGGCCUGGCCCAGGCACCCUGUACGAUGUGCCCCGUGAACGGCUGCUUCCUCCUGAGGUGGCUGAUGGUGGCGUGGUCGACAGUGGUGUGUAUGCGGUGCCUCCCCCAGCUGAACGUGAAGCCCCGGUGGAGGGCAAGCGCCUGUCGGCCUCCAGCACCGGCAGCACACGCAGCAGCCAGUCCGCGUCCUCCUUGGAGGUGGCAGGGCCGGGCCGGGAACCCCUGGAGCUGGAAGUUGCCGUGGAGGCCCUGGCACGGCUGCAGCAGGGUGUGAGCGUCACCGUUGCCCACCUUCUGGACCUGGCAGGCAGCGCCGGUGGGACUGGGAGCUGGCGUAGCCCCUCUGAGCCACAGGAGCUGCUGGUGCAGGACCUGCAGGCUGCUGUGGCCGCAGUCCAGGGUGCCGUCCAAGAGCUGUUAGAGUUUGCCCGCAGCGCCGUGGGCAAUGCUGCCCACACAUCUGACCGUGCCCUGCAUGCCAAGCUUAGCCGGCAACUGCAGAAGAUGGAGGACGUGCACCAGACGCUGGUGGCACAUGGUCAGGCCCUCGACGCUGGCCGGGGAGGCUCUGGAGCCACCCCUGAGGACCUGGACCGGCUGGUGGCCUGCUCGCGGGCUGUGCCCGAGGACGCCAAGCAGCUGGCCUCCUUCCUGCACGGCAAUGCCUCAUUGCUCUUCAGACGGACCAAGGCCCCUGCCCCGGGGCCUGAGGGGGGUGGCACCCUGCAUCCCAACCCCACUGACAAGACCAGCAGCAUCCAGUCACGGCCCCUGCCCUCACCCCCUAAGUUCACCUCCCAGGACUCGCCAGAUGGGCAGUACGAGAACAGCGAGGGGGGCUGGAUGGAGGACUAUGACUACGUCCACCUGCAGGGCUGGCCUGUGCUUCUGGCUCAGAAGAGAACUGGCCUCAGCGCAGCCCCUGUCUCUCCCCUCCAGGGGAAGGAGGAGUUUGAGAAGACCCAGAAGGAGCUGCUGGAAAAGGGCAGCAUCACGCGGCAGGGCAAGAGCCAGCUGGAGCUGCAGCAGCUGAAGCAGUUUGAACGACUGGAACAGGAGGUGUCGCGGCCCAUAGACCACGACCUGGCCAACUGGACACCAGCCCAACCCCUGGCUCCGGGGCGAACAGGCAGCCUGGGGCCCUCGGACCGGCAGCUGCUGCUCUUCUACCUAGAGCAGUGUGAGGCCAACCUGACCACACUGACCAACGCCGUGGACGCCUUCUUCACCGCCGUGGCCACCAACCAGCCGCCCAAGAUCUUCGUGGCACACAGCAAGUUCGUCAUCCUCAGCGCCCACAAGCUGGUGUUCAUCGGGGACACACUGUCACGGCAGGCCAAGGCUGCUGACGUGCGCAGCCAGGUGACCCACUACAGCAACCUGCUGUGCGACCUCCUGCGCGGCAUCGUGGCCACCACCAAGGCUGCUGCCUUGCAGUACCCAUCGCCUUCCGCUGCCCAGGACAUGGUGGAGAGGGUCAAGGAGCUGGGCCACAGCACCCAGCAGUUCCGCCGCGUCCUAGGCCAGCUGGCAGCCGCCUGAGGGUGGUGACCCCAGGAGGGAGGCAAGGGAGGGGCGCGGUGGUCCCAGCUCCCUGGCUCCCAUCUCAAGAGUCGCUGUGCCACAGGCUUAGGGACAGGACCCCAGCUCUGCCUCGGUCCUGGUGCCCUGGAUGCCCAGGAAUCUGUAUAUAUUUAUGGCCGGGCAGGGUGUGGGGCCAUGCCUCCUCAGGAGCCGAAGUCCAAGGGCCAGCCAGUGGCCUUCCCCAGCAUGCACCACGGGCCCGGGGUGGGUCACCAGGCAGGGGGCUGGCGUGUGAGGGCCCCACAGCCUGCAGGACCUCGUGCUGCCCCGAGGGCUGAGCCUGGCCCCACGAGGGUGCCAUGUCCCCUGACAGGGCCAGUGCAGUUUGGUGUGUCCUCCGCCUUACCAGGAGAAGAACGUGAAGAACUAUUUUUCAUUAUUGGUUUUCCAAUCAUUUGACUAAUAGUCUCCAUUUAAAUAAAGUUUUUAAAAUGAAGAGCAGCUGCCUGAGGGUGGCAGAUGAGAGCAGCCUGGGGUGGGUGACGGUUCUGGGGAAGGCACCCGGGGGCAAGGGCCAUGCGUGGCAUCUCCCAGGAGGGCUCUCCAGAAGAAAACCAAGGAACGCCGAGGCUGGGUGUCUCGCAGGCGGGGUGAGGCCUGCAGCUGGCCACAAGGCCCUGGGAGCCAGGGCAGAACCUGGGCCCAAGAAAGAGGGCAAUUUUGGAGCUGCAGGGUCUGGGGCCCAGAAAGCACAGCCUGGGCGUGGCCCCCUCAAGCCCCAGGGAGCUGCCACAGUGAGCACCUGGCCAUGCCCACAGCUGGCAUCUGGAGCGAGGGCAGAUUGGGGCAGGAACAGCUGCAGAAGGGGACAGGUUCCUGUGAGCCGAGGGCACCGCCGGGGGCUGCAUCCAGAGCUCUGCUUAAAAGAAUCUCAUCCCAGCCUGCGGAACUCCCGAAACACAUGGAAUUAUACACGGACCUGGCCUCUGAGUUGGGAGGGAGGGGCUUGGAGAAGACCCUUGCCCUGGGCAAGUGUGUUCCCCCGUGGCUCCCCCGCCCCAGCAGCCUGCAGCCCAGAUGGAAGCUCCAGGGUGCCUGGAACUCCUGGUGCUGCUCCCAGCCCUGACCGUUCUGCAUAUGAACGUGGGCCUUGGUUUCCCCAUCUGUAUGAAGAAGGGAGUAGUUCUGGGUGAUCGCAAGCCCUCCUGAUCUUACCUCUGCAGAGGUUGUCCCCGUGACAGCAUCUGUCCCCCCAGCUCAGCCACAUCAUGCUCAGCCCACCCGCCUUGGUGAGGACACAGAAGUAAAGGUGUAUGCAGUUGC